AUGUCCGCCCCCUCCGUCGCCCUCGUCGUGUCGCUGGCACUCCUCACCGCCGACGCCCUCAUCGAGCUCGGCUUCAUCACCAGCAUGGUGUCGUACCUCCACGCCGGCGCCCCCUCCGGCACCUUGGUCGUCAACACGCCGCCCGCCGCCGCGCCCGGCCAGGCGUCGACCUACGAAAUCAAGGGCAAGCCCCUCAACAUGCUCGUCAACCAGGGCCACACCAGCAACGGCGCCGCCGGGUCCGCCGUUGUGCUGAUUGGCAUCGUCGGCGCCCUCGCCCUGUAUGCGCGCGCCAAGCUGCCGGGCCGCCCGCUGACCAAGUUCCUGUACGGCGCCUGGAUGGUCUUCCAGGUCCCCACCUUUCUGCUGACCCUGUCCGCCCUCGGCUACACCUUUGCCGUCACCAACAAGCACCGCGGCCAGACCAUCGACCAGACCGUGGCCUAUGCGACGCAGCCCGGGCCCUAUGCGCUCGACCAGUGGACCCCGCAAAACUGGUUCGCCGCCGUCCUGGCCCAGCUCGACCUGGCCGACCCGGCCGUCGCGGCCGACCUGGCCCGGCACCUGCGCGUCAUGCGCGGCUGGCAGUACAACCUGAUCCUGCUCUUCCUGGUGCAGCUGGCCGAGACGGUGCUCGCGCUGGUCGACUGGUGGGCGUGGCGGCAGAACGGCGGGCACCAGGGCCACCUGCAGGCCGCGGGCCAGGCCAGCGAAAAGCACUACGGCAGCCAAGGCGACUACAACGACGGGACCAACCACGGCCACGGCGUCAACUACAGCCAGCUGCAGUACGAGACCCAGGCCUACGACGACGAGAGCAAGAACAUCAACCAGCACGGAGGCUACAACAACGGGACCAACGCGCAAGCACAGCAGUACGUGUAG